GGUCUGGUGGUGCCGUACCCUGGCCUGGCGCUGGGUGCCGGGCUCGGAGCAGGCCUCGGAGCUGGAUUAGCCCAGGCGUAUUACUACGGUGCGGCGGCGGCGACUGCGGCGCCGUACGGAAUCGGACUAGACCAGGGCACGCUGAAGGAUUUGAUCAAGAAACAGAUCGAAUACUACUUCAGCCCGGACAACCUGGCGCGCGACUUCUUCCUUCGCCGCAAGAUGGCCGCCGACGGGACCAUCCCCGUGACGCUUAUAGCUUCGUUCCACCGCGUGCGGGCCCUCACCGGAGACAUGCAGCUGAUCAUAGAAGCUAUACGGGAUUCUGACAAACUGCAGCUUAUCGGCGGGUUCAAUGUACGAACCGCCUUCGAGCCGUUAAAAUGGCCCAUACUAGACAUAACGUCACCAACAAUCGAAAACGAUAAGAUUCGAGCGAUCGACGCCGAGAAGCCGAAAGCCGAAGACUCAAAAGACAAGAGCCCAGAGCCGGAAGUGGUCGAGGAGAAGCUGGUGAGGGACGCGAAGGAGAGCGAGAAGAUCGAGGCUCCGAGCAUAGAUGGGGAAGAGAAAGAGAUGGAGCAGCAUGUGGUGGAUUCAGAGACUGAUAACGGUGCUAAAAUUGAUGAAACAGAGAUUCCACCUGAAGAAAUGAAAGAGGUAAAAGAAGAAAAAACAGAGAAACAAGAGACGGAUGAUAAGAAAUCUGAUUCGAACGAAGAUCCACCGCUGCAGUCGGAGAGUGUAGAAGAGAAACCCGGAGAGAAACGGCGAAAGAAGCAAAUGGUGGGCAUUUUCCCGCUGGCCACGAUGGGGGGUCCGCUGGUCGCGCCCGUGUCGAGUUUGUUGAGGGCCGUGCCCCCGCCGCCGCUGCCCAGGAUGUUCCGCAGCACUCGCGGCGCGGGGGGCGCGGCACCGGCGGCCGGCGUGGCUGUUAGUGCAGGUUCGAGCGCCGCUGCAGCACACAACGACCAUCUCAACCCAGACGUGCCUGAGUUUGUGCCGCAGAACACUAGGAAAGAAGAGUCGAGCGAUAAAAUGGAUCAAAACGACGGCACUCCCGGCUCGGGACCUCUGAGCCCAAAUUCCGAACAAAACACUGACGCUUGGACUGAGGUGAAACGCCGCACGAAGGCGGGGUCUCGGGAGCGUGCGCCGGCGCCGGGCGCUGUAGCCGCCGCCGAGCCGCCCGACGACGAGCCGCGCGAGGAGCUGCACUUCCAACUCGACGAGGAGCUCGACCUGCCGCCGCCCCGCCACAACACUUUUACUGAUGCUUGGUCCGACGAGGAAUCAGACGCGGAGUUCACCGAUCGCGAUGUGGGCCGUCUUCUGAUCGUGACGCAGACGACUGCGCGUGCGCACAAGCACGACGGACACGACCGUCAAGGUGACUGGACCACGCGCACAAAGAUCACCCAGGAUUUGGAACAGGUGAUCACCGACGGCUUAAGAAGAUACGAAGAGGACUUAUGGAAUGAUACGGAUUAUACAUCGAACGUGGGCGCGGCGUCGUCGUACCGCACGGUGUCGCUGAUCUCGCGCGAGCAGUUCGAGCAGGCCGUGCCCACCGAGCGCCACCGCAACCCGCCCGACCCGCCGCCGCCGCCGCCGCACAGGAACAUGGAGCUGCCCGAGCAGGCGGGCGGGCCGGUGAAGCGGCCGCGUCGCACGGCGCGCUUCUACGCGGCCAGCAAGGACCCGCACGCCACCGACGUCAUAAGCAGCAGGAAGCACAAGACUAGACACAGCCUCAACCCGCCCGUGGAGCAUCACAUCGGGUGGAUCAUGGACAUGCGCGAGCACCGACCCCGCACACACAGCACCGGGUCGUCGCUCGGCACCUCGCCGACACUAGGCUCGUCGUGCGGCUCCGUCCCGCAAUCGCUGCCCACCUUCCACCAUCCGAGCCACGGACUACUCCGAGAGAACCACUUCACGCAACAGGCGUAUCAUAAAUACCAUUCUAGGUGCCUUAAAGAACGCAAGAAGCUCGGAAUCGGGCAGUCGCAGGAGAUGAACACGCUGUUCAGAUUCUGGUCGUUCUUCCUUCGGGAUCACUUCAAUCGGACCAUGUACAAUGAAUUCAGGACGUUGGCGAACGAGGACGCCGCGGAAGGGUUCCGAUACGGCCUAGAAUGUCUGUUCCGCUUCUACUCGUACGGGCUGGAGCGCAAGUUCAGACCUGAGCUGUACCAGCACUUCCAGCAGGAGACCAUCGCUGAUUACGAGAAAGGCCAAUUAUACGGGUUGGAGAAGUUCUGGGCGUUCCUGAAGUACUACAAGCAUGCCAGCGCGCUACAGGUGGACCCAAAGCUGGAAGGGUUCCUGGACAAAUUCCAGAGCAUCGAAGACUUUCGCGUGCUUGAGCCGGCGCUGAACGAGUUGCUGGCGGCGGCGGGCGGGCACGCGCCGGGCCGGCCGCACGCGCGCCGCUACGAGCGGCACCGCUCCGUGUCCGAGAGCGAGCGCCGCGCACACUACAAUCGCAGCGGUGGCGGCGGCGGCGGCGGCGGCGGCAGCGUGGGCGGCGGCGCGCAGGCGCACGGCGCGGCGCACGCGGCGCUCCCCGCCAGCAGCAACCGCGGCCGCGCCGGCUCCUGCGGCGCGCAGAGCGUCGUCGCCGACGCGCGCCCCCGCGUGACAUCCAAGAAGACCGACCGCCCGCAGGCCGAGUCGACGCAGUAAUACAGCGCAGUUAGUGUAAAUAACGUUCACGUUGUGAGACCAGACGUUAAAAGUGAUGUGUGCUACUUAAAAUUAGUUUCGUUACGCAUUUUAUAUAAAAGUGUUGACUCACGCGUGUGUGGUGUGCGCGAGGGAUGCGGCGCUGUGCGCGUCAACGCACCGACACGACGCGACGACGCCGACACGACAUUGUCGUGAGCCACCACACGACGUGUGCGCACGUCACGGGCGCGCGUAACGUGACGUCACACGCCCGCGACUCGCGCCGGGGACUGGGUUCGACACCUUGGCAUGGCAUAGAGAAUACGCCAUUAUUAGUAUAAUAGGAUUGGUUUGAAAGUAACGAUCGUAAAGUCGUAUCGAUACUGGUAAAUUUUUAGAUCGAUAGAAACGAUCCCAAUAGCUUUUUUCAAUCCGUGGAGAAAAUUUACCAAUCAGAGCAAGUAUGGACACGCUCACAAAUGAUUUGCUUUGAUUGGUCUAUUUUUGGCAUCGGAUUGAAUAAACCGCACGCCGUGC